GAGAGAUGCCUCAACCAUCAGUAAUCCUCGCCACUGCAGGCUAUGAUCACACCAUUAGGUUUUGGGAGGCCAAAAGCGGAAGAUGCUAUCGAACGCUUCAGUACCCUGAUUCUCAAGUGAACCGCCUUGAAAUAACUCCUGAUAAGCAGUACCUUGCAGCAGCUGGAAAUCCUCAUAUUCGAUUAUUUGAAGUCAAUUCAAAUAGCUCUCAGCCAGUGAUCAGCUAUGAUUCACACACUAACAAUGUCAUGGCAGUGGGGUUUCAAUGUGAUGGCAAUUGGAUGUAUUCAGGUUCAGAGGAUGGCACUGUAAAGAUAUGGGAUUUGAGGGCUCCGGGAUGCCAAAGGGAAUAUGAAAGUCGGGCUGCUGUUAACACUGUUGUUUUACAUCCUAAUCAGACAGAAUUAAUAUCUGGAGAUCAAAAUGGAAAUAUACGUGUUUGGGAUUUGACGGCAAAUUCAUGCAGCUGUGAAUUGGUUCCAGAGGUAGAUACUGCUGUUAGGUCUCUGACGGUGAUGUGGGAUGGGAGUCUGGUUGUUGCUGCAAAUAAUCAUGGCACAUGUUAUGUCUGGAGGUUGUUACGUGGAACACAGACAAUGACCAACUUUGAGCCAUUACAUAAGCUUCAGGCGCAUAAUGGAUACAUCCUUAAGUGUCUUCUAACUCCAGAGUUUUGUGAAAAUCACAGGUAUUUGGCCACAACAUCUUCUGACCACACUGUGAAGAUCUGGAAUGUUGAUGGUUUCACUUUGGAGCAAACAUUAACUGGUCAUCAGCGUUGGGUAUGGGAUUGUGUCUUUUCUGUUGAUGGCGCCUAUUUGAUUACAGCUUCUUCUGAUACAACUGCAAAAUUGUGGGACAUGUCCAAUGGGGAAGCUAUGCAAACUUAUCAGGGUCAUCACAAAGCAACAGUGUGCUGCGCUCUUCAUGAUGGAGCUGAAUCUUCUCCAUCCUAAAGGCCUCUCUCUCUCUCUCUGAAGACAUUUUCCCGACUACUUAACAGGAACUCUUACCAAUCAAAUGAUGUGUUGUGUAUAUGCAAACUGUAGUCUUGAGCAGCCAUGGUGGGUCAUUUAAAAGAAGUCAUUUUUCUUUGGGAACGGAAGAAAAGGUGGUGCAUUUGUGGUUGGUGUCAAGGGCAUUUUAGUGGAGUCUCAUGGGAAUAUAUGUGGUGGGGUUACAGUAAAUAGGUUCCCUAGUGUGCCGACGGACCAAGUAAAUGACCCUUAAUAAAAAUGGCGCCAUUCUUAAA